AUGGACAGUAGCAACAAGAUCUUCGCCCAGGACGACAAGUUCUGGGACAAUUAUUCCCGCGGCCGCCCACGCGUGCCCAACUCCUUCUUCGACCGCCUCUUUGAUUACCACCAGGCCAAGGGCGGGACCUUUGGCACAGUCCACGACGCUGGAGCCGGGAACGGGCCCUACGCGCGGGUCUUGCGCUCACGCUUCGCCCACGUCAUUGUCUCAGAUAUUGUAGCCGAAAACGUCCAGCUCGCCCGUGAGCGCCUGCGAGGCGCUGACGGCUUCAGCUUCCGCGUGUCCAAGCUCGAAGAGGCCGACGACAUCCCGCCCUGCAGCGUCGACAUGGUCUUUGCGACCAACGUGAUGCACUUUGCCGAGCCGCAGGACGCCGCCAUGGCCACGCUCGCGCGCCAGCUGCGGCCCGGAGGCACCUUUGUCGCCGCCGCGUUCGGGCCGGCCCGGUUCUGCGACGCAAAGCUACAGGACCUGUGGGCUCGCAUCAGCCACCACGGCGGUCGCCAGCUGCUUGCGUCGGCCGAAAACCCGGACCAGACCAUCAGGGUCAUGGCGCGCACUCAGGGCACGUAUAACGUGGCGCCACUCAGUCGGGAGCUCUUUGCCCCGCGGGCCCGAAGGAUUAAUAUCAACAUGGCGCAGGGUGGUAUCCAGGGGAUGCUGCCGCCGGAGGAAGCACACAGGGACACGGAGGCUAGUCAUAUUGGGUCGGACGACGUCGAGACUUGGGAGGAGGAGAUGGAGGGCUGGAGCUUUGAGGCUGGCUUGGCGGAGGUUAAGGAGCACUUUGACUCGUUUCCGUUUGUGUCGCGGUUUCCUGAUGCUCUUUUGGGGUUGUACAAGGAGCUGGACGAGCUUCUGGCAAACGGGAAGCGCGUUAAGGGGUAUUUUCCUGUCAAGCUGAUACUAGCAACACGGGUCUAA